AUGACAAAAUUUCGCCCCUGCAUAGAUCUACAUUCUGGUCAAGUCAAGCAAAUAGUCGGAGGCACAUUGACUACAGCUUCAUCGGAUUUGAAGACCAAUUAUGUCUCCAAGCUACCAGCCCGCCAUUUUGCAAAAUUAUACAAGGACAAUGGACUUGAGGGCGCACACGUUAUAAUGCUGGGCCCGGGGAAUGAAGAAGCUGCAAAGGAGGCAUUGGUAGAGUGGAAAGGAGGUUUACAGGUGGGAGGGGGCAUAACAGACCAGAAUGCGAAGCAAUGGAUUGACUGGGGUGCUGAAAGGGUCAUCAUCACAUCGUUUCUUUUUCCCUCCGGCAAGUUCUCUCAAGAACAUCUUGAGUCUGUGCUCUUGGCACUGGGCGGCGACAAAGACAAACUAGUUAUUGAUCUGAGCUGCCGGAAGAAAGAUGAUACCUGGUUUGUUGCUAUGAACAAAUGGCAGACUAUCACUGAUAUGGAAGUGAAUGAGGCUUCUAUCAAGUCCCUGGAGCCAUACUGUUCGGAAUUCCUGAUCCAUGCCGCCGACAACGAGGGUCUCCAGAAGGGUAUAGAUGAGAAGUUGGUUGAGAAGCUAGCUCAGUGGUGCAGUAUUCCAGUAACCUAUGCGGGUGGUGGGCGGAAUCUCGAGGACUUGGACCACGUCAAGAAAUUAAGUAACGGGCGAGUUGACCUCACCAUUGGAAGUGCCCUUGAUGUCUUUGGUGGAUCAGGAGUUACCUUUGAAGAGUGUGUGCAAUGGAAUAAAUUAUAA